AUUCUGACGUAUGGAAGCGAUGAACUUUUCGCAUUUUCUCCCUCCAGAUGGAAGAACCAUAACAGAGCGAAAAGGCAGCGGGACUGUGGGGAAAGACUGAUGUGAAAGGAGAUUUCUCGAAGGUCAAGAAGAUAAACGCACUCUUGGAACAAACAACCAAUGGAAGAGGUGAAAAUAAGCUGUUCAAAAGCCCUUGCAAUGAUCCGUUUUGCAAACGUUUAUUCGUUGUGAAAAGGGACAUUCUGGAAACUAUGAAUCAAGGAUAGCAGUUCAGUCACAUUUAACAGCUGCAUGGCUGUCCAAAGCGCAAACAUGAAAGGAUGACAUGGAAAUCAGAACAACCGACUGAAAGACCACUGCUUUCUCACGCUCAUAUAGAUGGGAGAGACAGUGUUUGUGAACGAUGUAUGCUGGAGGAGAGAUGAACAUUAGGUAGCGUCGGUAAAUAUCCAAGGAAACUGGAAAGUGGACAGUAAAGAAUCGCUGGUGGGGAGCUGUGAAAAGGAUGGAUUUUAGCGUACUACGGAAUCUCAUCAGUAGAUACUGUGCUGGGGAGGAGUACUGGGUGGACAGCCGGACAGUAUACAUCGGUCACAAAGAACCCCCGCUGGGGGCCGAUGCCUACAUCCCUCAGCGUUAUCCCGACAACCGCAUUGUCUCUUCCAAGUACACCUUAUGGAACUUCAUCCCCAAGAACCUGUUUGAACAGUUCAGAAGAAUCGCCAACUUCUAUUUCCUGCUCAUCUUCCUGGUCCAGCUCAUCAUAGACACGCCUACCAGCCCCGUCACCAGCGGACUUCCUCUAUUCUUUGUCAUCACCGUCACUGCCAUUAAACAGGGUUAUGAAGACUGGCUGAGACACAAGGCAGACUGCAGUAUAAAUGAGUGUCCUGUGGACGUGGUGAAGGAAGGGACGGUGGUGAGGACACAGAGUCACAAGCUACGGGUGGGGGACGUUGUCAUGGCGAGGGAAGACGAGACGUUCCCCUGUGACCUCAUCCUGCUCUCGUCCAGCCGCGAUGACGGAACCUGCUACGUCACCACCACCAGCCUGGAUGGAGAGUCCAGCCACAAGACCUACUAUGCUGUACCAGACACCACGGCCUUUAAGACAGAGCAGGAGGUGGACUCUCUACAUGCGACUAUUGAAUGUGAACAACCACAGCCUGACCUCUACAAAUUUGUGGGGCGCAUCAAUAUUUAUAAGGAAAGUGAAGAUCCCAUAGCCAGACCCCUGGGAGCUGAGAACCUUCUCCUCAGAGGUGCCACCCUGAAGAACACAGAACACAUUUAUGCUGUAGCCAUCUACACGGGCAUGGACACCAAGAUGACGCUGAACUACCAGUCCAAAUCCCAGAAACGUUCCGCUGUAGAAAAGUCUAUGAAUGCAUUCCUCAUAGUGUAUCUAUGUAUCCUGAUCAGUAAAGCGGUCAUUAACACAGUUCUGAAGUAUGUGUGGCAGUGGCCUGCUGACCACGACCAACCCUGGUACAACCACAGGACCGAGAUCGACAGAGAACGCCACGUGGUGAUCAGGGCGUUCACAGACUUCCUGGCCUUCAUGGUGUUGUUUAACUACAUCAUUCCAGUCUCCAUGUACGUUACCGUGGAGAUGCAGAAGUUCCUGGGGUCUUACUUCAUAUCUUGGGACAAGGAUAUGUACGAUGAUGAGAUGGGGGAGGGGGCUCAGGUCAACACAUCAGACCUCAAUGAAGAGCUGGGACAGGUGGAGUAUGUGUUUACUGAUAAGACGGGGACAUUAACAGAGAACAACAUGGAGUUCAUAGAGUGCUGUGUGGACGGACACGUCUAUAUCCCCCACGCCAUCUGUAAUGGACAGAUCCUCAGUGCUGCUUCUAGUAUAGACAUGAUCGACUCUUCACCUGGAGGAGACCACAGGGAGCAUGAGGACCUGUUCUUCCGGGCUCUGUGUCUGUGCCACACGGUGCAGGUGAAGGAGGAGGAGACAGUGGAGAGCAUCAAGAGAGGGAUCCACCAGGGAAAAGCCACCUCCUCCUACAUAUCAUCCUCUCCUGAUGAGGUGGCUCUGGUGGAGGGUAUGAAGAGGUUGGGGUACACAUAUCUAAGACUCAAAGACCGUCAUAUGGAAAUUCUCAAUAAGGAGGAUGAGAUUGAGAGGUUUGAGCUGCUACACGUGCUGAACUUUGACUCUGUCAGGAGGAGAAUGAGCGUCAUUGUCAAGUCUAGUGCAGGGGAGUACCUGUUGUUCUGUAAGGGGGCUGACUCCUCCAUCUUCCCCAGAGUGGUUUCAGGGAAGGUGGGGCAGGUGAGGGCGCGGGUGGAGCAGAACGCUCUGGAGGGCUUGCGGACCCUGUGUGUGGCAUACAGAAGUCUCUCCCUAGCAGAGUACGAGGAGGCGUGUCAUAAGCUGAGCGACGCCAAGCUAGCCCUGCAGGACAGGGAGCAGCGACUGGCGCAGGCUUAUGACCUCAUCGAGAGGGACUUCACCCUGCUGGGGGCCACGGCUGUGGAGGACAGGCUCCAGGAGAAGGCAGCAGACACCAUCGAGUCGCUCCACAAGGCUGGGAUGAAGGUGUGGGUCCUGACGGGGGACAAGAUGGAGACGGCGGCUGCUACAUGUUAUGCUAGCAAGCUGUUCCGCCGCUCCACCCAAAUAUUGGAGCUGACCAAGAAACGAACCGAGGAACAGAGUCUACAUGAUGUUCUGUUUGACCUGAGCAGAACCGUACUGAGACAGCGCUCCCUGUCGGGGCUGUCUGUAGACUGUCAGGACUAUGGUCUGAUCAUCGACGGGGCCACCCUGUCUGCGGUGCUGAAGCCCAGUCCAGAGAGCUCUGGCUCUGGGAACUACAGAGAGAUCUUCCUGGAGAUCUGUAGGAACUGCAGCGCCGUUCUCUGCUGCCGCAUGGCGCCCCUACAGAAAGCACAGAUUGUGAAGCUGAUCAAGGUAUCUAAGGAGCACCCCAUCACUCUGGCCAUCGGUGACGGAGCCAACGACGUCAGCAUGAUCCUCGAGGCACACGUGGGCAUAGGCAUCAUGGGUAAGGAGGGUCGCCAGGCAGCGAGGAACAGCGACUAUGCAAUCCCAAAGUUCAAACACCUGAAGAAGAUGCUGCUAGUUCACGGCCACAUCUACUACAUCCGCAUCGCUGAGCUGGUGCAGUACUUCUUCUAUAAGAAUGUGUGCUUCAUCUUCCCUCAGUUCCUCUAUCAGUUCUUCUGUGGAUUCUCUCAGCAGCCCCUGUACGACACAGCCUACCUGACUCUGUACAACAUCAGCUUCACCUCCCUGCCCAUCCUCCUCUACAGCCUCAUAGAGAAACACGUCAGCAUAGAGACGCUGAAGAGAGACCCCACUCUGUACAGGGACAUAGCUAAGAACUCUCUCCUGCGCUGGCCCGUGUUCCUGUACUGGACAUGCCUGGGCUUAUUCGAUGCCUGUAUCUUCUUUUUUGGUGCCUACUUCCUGUUCGACAACACCACCUUCACUAGCAACGGACAGCUUAUGACCACCAACACACAGAUGAUGUUUGGGAACUGGACUUUCGGGACUCUUGUCUUUACUGUGCUGGUGUUCACGGUCACGCUCAAGCUUGCCUUGGACACACACCACUGGACCUGGAUCAACCAUUUUGUCAUCUGGGGCUCCCUGCUUUUCUAUGUCAUCUUCUCUCUGCUCUGGGGAGGCAUCAUCUGGCCUUUCCUGAACUACCAGAGGAUGUACUAUGUGUUCAUGCAGAUGUUGUCCAGCGGUCCGGCUUGGCUCAGCAUCAUCCUGCUCAUUAUGGUCAGCCUGCUGCCUGAUGUGGUCAAGAAGGUCCUCUGCAGAACACUGUGGCCCACCGCCACCCAUCUUGCACAGAGGGUGAAGGCUGAUGGUGUGUGUGAGGGGAGUGUGUCCUCUGCCCCGGACGCCAGUCCUGUUGAUGGAGGUGGAGGCAGUGAGAGAGACAUGCUUUGCCCUGCUAGGACCUGUGAGAGGGACAGAGGAGGUGGAGGGGUGCAAGCUACCAGGACCUAUGACUCCAUGAUGUCACACAACCCGAACUACCUGCUCAGCCAGCCCCUAGACUCUUCCCCAUCAGAGAACUAGGGUUGCUACGGACGUUGACAAGCUGUUGCAGGGCAGUGUAGCAGAGUUGACCCCCGUGUCCUCUCGCCCUUCUGGCCCUUCCUCCAAACGGAAGAGCACUGAUUCCUCCCACCUCUACAUCAGGGUUCUGAAGCCCCUCCCACUCCGCAGGUCUGAGUCCUUCCCCCACAAACUACUAUUGGCCCACUGGACUGAUGGGGGCGGGGCAGACCGCCGGCACCCUCAACACCUACAUGCUCCGCCUCUCAGGGGCCGGCUUUGCCUACUACGCAACGGGGCCAGAGACCUUUGUG